AUGCCUAAGCUGAAUAUUGGGUCAUGGAAUGUGGGUGGUUUUAAUUCACCAGCAAAGCGCAGGAGAAUUCUUUUUUAUCUCAAUAAGCAGAAUAUAGACAUCGCAUUCCUCCAGGAAUCACAUUUGGUUCCUGAAGAGGUCGCCAAAUUAAAUAUACUUAACUGGUCUAUGAUUGUCUUUAGUUCCUAUAACACCAAAGCCAGAGGAGUUGUGAUUUUACUUAAACGCCACAUUCCCCAUGAAAUCUUGAAUGUUCAUACUGAUCCAACAGGGCCUGAGUGUGAGGGGAACAGGACACUUGGAGACAUUCUGUAUGAGGCUCUGCAAGAUCUGACACAUGAUGACUUCAAGAGAUUUAAGGACAAGUUGUCUGAUUUCUCCUAUAGAGGGCGAGGCCCCAUCCCACGUGGGCGCCUGGAAACGGCUGAUUAUGUUACCUCAAAAAACCUUCUCAUAGAUGUUUAUGGAGAAGAAGAGGUGCUGGAUGUAACCAUAGAGGUCCUCCAACUGAUCGGCCUUAUGGGACUGGCAGAGGAUCUCCGGCACAAAGUGACACAAACUGAUAAAUUAAUGAAGAUGUCUUCAAAUAAAACACUUGAAGAUUGCAGAUUAAGAUAUGUGGAUUACACAUUGGAUAAAUACCAUGUUACUGAAGACUGUAACGCAAGAUUAGGGGAAACAAUCUAUCUGGAGAAAAGAUACGUAAGACUUUUAUUGAUAAAGAAUUAUCGGGAUGAGGGGGAGAGACAACAUGAGAUAACAGCUUCUGGCCAGAGGCAUCUACAGAUUAUGGCAGACAGAUCAUCAGAUGAGUAUUUGCCAACUACCGUUCAAGAUCUCUUUAGUCCUGAUGAUGUUGGAAUUAGUCCCAAAACUGUGGUAUUACAAGGACUGGCUGGGAUAGGAAAGACUAUGACAUCCCAGAAGAUCAUGCUGGACUGGGCCUCCGGGAAUCUGUAUAAGGACAAGUUUCAGUUUGUGUUCUACAUAAAUUGUAGAAAAGUCAACACCAUCACUGGUAAUAUAAGCCUGGCUGGAUAUCUAUCCAACUAUUGUCUACUGAAAUGUCCAUCUGAUCUGUUACAUCUGAUAUUCAGAAAGUCUAAAGGAAUACUUUUUAUUGUUGAUGGUUUCGAUGAAUUAAAAUGGUCACCAAUGAAUGACACAGAGGUUUGUGAUGAACCAUUUCAGGAGGUCUCCAGAGAGAUCCUUCUCAACAGUUUAUUUAGAAAAACUGUUCUAGGUGACAGCUCGCUGAUCAUCACCACAAGGCCACUCUCAAUGAUGACGUUGAAGCACUUUGUCAAAUGUCCUCGAUAUGUGGAGAUUCUGGGGUUUACAGGGAAUCAGCUUGAAGAAUAUUUCUAUAAAUUCUUUAAAACCAGAGAUCAAGCAGACCUGGCUUUCAGUACAAUAAAGGACAAUGACACUCUGUACACCAUGUGCGCUGUCCCUAUAAUUUGCUGGAUUGUAUGUACUGUAAUAAAACAGCAAUUACAAGAGAGAUUACACACAAUCAGUUCAAAAACAUCCACAUCCAUAUACCUACUUUACCUAAAGAGUUUAAUAAAGUAUCACAGAAGGGACUCUGCCCAGCAUAUAAGCACAUGUAUACAGAAGCUGUGUGCUUUGGCCAAUGAAGGAGUUUGGGACCAAAGAAUUCUCUUUGAAGAAUCCGAUCUUGUAAGACAUGGACUCUCUGUGUCAGAGCUGGAGUCUGUGUUUCUGAAUGAGAACAUCUUCCACAGGGAUGUUGACACCCGUACCUGCUACAGCUUCAUCCAUCUGAGUGUGCAGGAGUUCUUUGCUGCUCUCUACUAUGUCCUAGAUCAGAAAUCAGUGAAAGAACACUUUCAUUUCAUGAAGAUUAGGAAAGUAAAAGAAUUACUGAAGGCAUCAGAAGGUCGGGCCCAUCUGAAAUUAACUGUACGAUUCUUAUUUGGUCUUUCAAGUGAAAAACAAAUUCAGGAAACUCAGAGGAACAUUGGUUGUCCCAUUUCCUUCAGAGCUAAACUAGCCUUAGAGGAAUGGUUUAGGAGACAUCCAUCAGAUUACCAUAAUGAGAUACUUUGCUGCCUGUACGAGACUCAGGAUGUCGACUAUGUGGAGAGAAUGAUGUCUAAUUUUUCUCACGUGAAAAUAAAAGGUCUACAUUAUGGUAAAAAGGGGGAGCAGGAGGACAUUGGUUGCCGAGCUGUGGCCUACUGCUUGGAGAGAAGUACAGUAAACCAUACUGUUGCCUUUGAUGACUAUAUAAUAGGACCAAAGGCUCGGAGUGUUCUGUCUCCAGCUUUUCAUAAAUGUUUAAGACUUUGUUUCAGGGGCUGCACAUUUCUGGAUAAAGAGGAAGAUGUUUAUCAAGCUGGCGCCAGUUUGUCUGGAUUGUUUGCACAGUGUCAAAUGCAGCUACUAAGUCUGUUUCAGUGUAAUCUGACCUCAUCCUUCUGUGAAGAUCUCCGCAUUGUUAUCGAGAGCCGCCCUCUGAUCAAACUGAACCUAACAAGGAACAAUCUGCAGGACUGUGGAGUAAAAGUCCUGUGUCAGGGACUCCGACAUCCGGCCUGUGCCCUGCAGGAGCUUAACUUGGCCUACUGCAGACUGACCGAGUCCUGCUGGGAGGAUCUCAGCUCUGUCCUUAUGAAGCAGUCUCUUUUGAAGCUGGAUUUGUCAUGGAAUCAUUUGCAGGACUCUGGAGUGAGACGUCUCUGUGGAGGGCUAAGACAUCUUGCUUGUACUCUCCAAAAGUUGAUAUUGUACAACUGUGAAUUGACCCAGUUCUGCUGUGAGGACAUUUCUUCAGUCAUUACUAUAAACCGAUCUCUGAUAAAAUUGGACCUGUCAUGGAAUAAGAUACAGGACUGUGGUGUAAGACUCCUGUGUGAGGGACUCAGACAUCAGGCCUGUACUCUACAAGAGCUGAGGCUUCAUCGUUGUGGUCUGACAUCAUCCUGCUGUGACGACAUCCGCUCUGUCAUAAUUAAAAACCAUUCUCUGGUCCUCCUGCAGUUGACAGGGAAUAAUAUCCAAGAUUCAGGGCUUAAACUUCUGUCUGAGAGACUCAACAUGGGUUCUACCAUGCAGGAGCUGUGGGUGACUGUUGAUUUCCGUGAUAUAGUGCUAAAGAGAUCGAAAUUGAAGAAGCCCGAGUGCAUUUCCAGUUGA